AUGGCUGGGCUCAAGUUCUUCUCGCUGGCGGCCGCCGCCGUCUGUUUGCUGGCCAAGGAGGCACAGGCAGCAGACCCUGCAAACAAGGCCGAAAGAGUGAAUUGCACUACUGAGAUGAAUGUGCCCCGCGUCGGCGCCGGCUUCGCCCAACUCCAAGUUAACUUGGAACAACUGAAACUCCCGAUCACUGAAACAGAUAGCACGACUUACAUAAAGGGCGUUUGCGAUGCGAUGAAAAAGUAUGAAAGUGGCACCGCACCUACACUGGAGACAACUAAACCAGAGGGUACCUUUGCAUACGCAGUGCAAACCGGAGACAGUGCUGACUGCAAGGCCGCUGUUGACUCUUGGAAAAAGGCCUUUUCCAACUUUAACGGUUUGCCACCUGCCGGCAAGGAUGGCGGAGACCUCUACAAAAAUCCCGCCAAUGUGUCUUUGAUUGCCUUGUUCAACCCGGACGAGAAGCCCUUCUUGGACUGCGCAUACUUCACCUGCCCAGCAGCGGCGGCCAAAGCUGGGAGCGCAGAAGAGAAAGAUUUGAAGGCACUGCUCUGUGUAACAAAGCCUAAAGCCUUGGUGACGGAUAAAGCUCCCUUCACCGAGGAACAAUGGGGCAAGAUCGACGCAGCGGUCAAUUCCGGCAGCGCAGCAGUUCCCACCUUCCUCGCCGUGCUCGCCGCAGCAGUCGCUACUCUCUUCUUGUAA